AUGAAUGGUGGAAAGGAGUGUGACGGAGGGGACACGGAUGGAGGGCCACCAGCAGUGCAAGUUCCCGUUGGUUGGCAGCGACGGGUGGACCAAAGUGGAGUGCUCUAUAUCAGUCCCAGUGGGUCUUUAUUAUCCUGCUUGGAGCAGGUGAAGACUUACUUGCUGACUGAUGGAACAUGCAAGUGUGGCCUAGAAUGUCCUCUUGUUCUUCCCAAGGUCUUUAAUUUUGAUCCUGGAGCUGCUGUGAAGCAGAGAACUGCUGAAGAUGUCAAAGCAGACGAAGAUGUCACCAAACUAUGCAUACAUAAAAGGAAAAUUAUUGCUGUGGCUACACUUCAUAAAAGCAUGGAAGCACCACAUCCUUCACUGGUUCUCACUAGUCCUGGUGGUGGAACAAGUGCAACUCCAGUAGUUCCUACUCGAGCAGCAACUCCACGAUCACUGAGGAAUAAAUCACAUGAAGGAAUUACAAAUUCUGUGAUGCCAGAAUGUAAGACUCCUUUCAAGUUGAUGAUAGGGGCAUCUAAUGCCAUGGGUAGGCUUUAUGUGCAAGAAAUAGCUGGAAGCCAGCAACAAGAACUUCAUUCUGUCUAUCCUAGGCAGAGAUUGGGUAGUAAUGAACUUGGACAGAAGUCUCCGUAUCGUGGCAGUCAUGGUGGGAUGCCCAGUCCAGCUUCAUCAGGAUCACAAAUAUACGGAGAUGGCUCAAUCUCUCCUAGGACUGACCCACUUGGAAGCCCUGAUGUUUUCACAAGGAACAAUCCCAAUUUUCAUGGAGCGCCCAACUCUAGUCCUAUUCACAUGACCAGGACACCUCUGUCUCCACCAUCAGUAAUGUUACAUGGUUCUCCCAUACAGUCAUCCUGUGCAAUGGCUGGAAGGACUAAUAUACCUCUUUCCCCAACCUUGACCACAAAAAGCCCAGUAAUGAAAAAACCCAUGUGUAACUUUUCAGCUGGUAUGGAAAUACCACGAGCAAUGUUUCACCAUAAACCUCCCCAAGGUCCACCCCCACCUCCUCCACCACCUUCUUGUGCUCUUCAGAAAAAGCCAUUAACAUCAGAAAAAGAUCCACUUGGCAUACUUGAUCCUAUUCCCAGCAAACCAGUGAAUCAGAAUCCUGUUAUCAUUAACCCAACUACUUUCCAUUCAAAUGUCCACUCUCAGGUACCUGUGAUGAAUGUAAGCAUGCCUCCUGCUGUCGUCCCUUUGCCAAGUAAUCUCCCUUUGCCAACUGUAAAACCUGGUCACAUGAACCAUGGAAGUCAUGUUCAAAGAGUUCAGCAUUCUGCUUCAACUUCCCUCUCUCCUUCACCAGUGACAUCCCCAGUUCACAUGAUGGGAUCCGGGAUUGGAAGGAUCGAGGCUUCUCCCCAAAGAUCACGUUCUUCUUCCACGUCAUCAGAUCAUGGAAAUUUCCUGCUGCCUCCAGUAGGACCACAGUCAUCCUGUACUGGUAUUAAAGUUCCUCCCAGGUCCCCAAGGUCAACAAUAGGGUCACCGAGACCAUCUAUGCCAUCUAGCCCUUCCACCAAGCACGAUGGACUUAAUCAAUACAAGGACAUCCCUAACCCAUUAAUUGCUGGAAUGAGUAAUGUAUUAAAUCCUCCCAACAAUGCAGUUUUUUCUACUGCAUCAGCUGGAAGUGGUUCCUUGAAGAGUCAGCCUGGUUUGCUGGGAAUGCCUUUAAAUCAGAUCUUGAACCAGCACAAUGCUGCCUCUUUUCCAGCAAGCAGUUUACUCUCAGCAGCAGCCAAAGCACAGCUAGCAAAUCAAAAUAAACUUGCUGGUAACAACAAUAACAGCAGUAGCAAUUCUGGACCUGUUGCCAGCGGUGGCAACAACGAAGGACAUAGCACUUUAAAUACCAUGUUCCCUCCUGCUGCCAACGUGCUCCUACCAACGACUGAAGGGCAAAGUGGCCGAGCAGCACUGAGAGAUAAAUUAAUGUCUCAGCAAAAAGAUCCUCUGAGAAAAAGAAAGCAGCCCACCACCACGGUGUUGAGUUUGCUGAGACAGUCUCAGUUGGACAGUUCUGGAGUUUCCAAAGCUGGAUCGGAUUUGAUAAGAAAGCAAAGUCAAAGCUCCUUUCCCAUCAGUUCUAUGUCCCAGCUACUUCAGUCCAUGAGUUGUCAAAGCUCUCACAUGAGCAGCAAUAGUACCAGCAGUUGUGGGAGCUCAAAUACUGCUCUACCUUGCUCUGGUAACCAGAUGCAUUUUGCAGAUACCAGUAUGAACUCUGGCAGUCUCCAGAACUCGCUGGCACAGAGUUUACCCCUGCGAGGGGAGGGUGUGCACUGCCAGAACACAAACACUAAUUUUGGCCAUGGCACUAGCCCGGGCACAACCAACCAUCUUGCAGGUUUAAUAAAUCAGAUGCAGGCUAGUGGGAACUGUGGGAUGCUCAGUCAGUCAGGAAUGGCUUUAGGAAAUUCAUUACAUCCGAACCCACCUCAGUCGAGAAUCCAGGCAUCCUCCACUCCAGUGAUACCAAACAGCAUUGUUAGCAGCUGUAAUCAAACAAGUCCUGAAGCAGGGGCUUCAGGACCAUCAUCAUCGAUAGCCAUAGCUGGCACCAGCCAACCUGCCAUCACAAAGACAACAUCUGUGCUUCAAGAUGGUGUUAUAGUCACUACUGCAGCUGGAAACCCACUUCAGAGCCAGCUGCCCAUCGGGAGCGAUUUCCCUUUCGCUGGCCACGAACACUCGCUUCAUUUUCCGCAGAACAGCUCUUCAAACAACAAUCUUCCACAUUCUUUGAAUCAAAACCUCCUCAAUUCUCUUCCUAUCUCUUUGCCAGUGAAUCAGCAACAUCUCCUAAACCAGACAUCGCGAUCCCUACUGGGAUCAAAGUCUUCAGCUGACUGCAACCCUUUAGGUUUUCUCAACCCAAAUGUAAAUGCUGCUUUAGCUUUUCUCUCCAGUGACGUGGAUGGGCAGGUAUUACAGCCUGUUCAUUUUCAGCUUCUAGCAACCCUCCUUCAGAAUCAAGCCCAAGCAGCUGCCAUGCUUCCCCUACCAUCUUUCAAUCUGACCAUCUCAGAUUUGUUGCAGCAGCAAAAUAACCCUUUACCCUCAGUAACACAACUGACAGCCCCACCUGACCAUUUGCCAAGCAAUCAGUCAGAAAGCACCAGGGUGGACACCCUGUUAACCAACCCCCUGGGCAACCCUUUACCAAGCUUUUCAGGCACUGACACUACUUCCAACCCCCUGCUCCUCCCAGCUGUCUCUGGGGCCUCAGCAUUAAUGGCCUUGAAUCCCCAGCUGGUGGGAGGUGUCCUGAACUCCGCAUCGGGCAACACCGCUAAUCAUCCAGAGGUUUCCAUUGCCACCUCCUCCCAAGCAACCACUACCACAACCACUACAUCAUCAGCAGUGGCAGCACUGUCUGUCUCCACCCUGGGUGGUGGGACAGCAGUGGUGUCAAUGGCAGAAACAUUGCUGAACAUAUCUAAUAGUGCUGGGAAUCCAUCUAGUCCAGCUAAACUCAACAAUAACUCUGUGGUGCCACAGCUACUUAACCCUCUACUGGGGACAGGUCUGCUUGGUGACAUGUCAUCUUUAAACACUACUUUGAAUAACCAUCAGCUGAGUCAUCUCCAGUCGCUAUUAAACAAUAAUCAGAUGUUUCCUGCAAAUCAGCAGCAGCAGCAGCACCUUCUCCAGGGGUACCAGAACAUGCAGGGCUUUCAAGGCCAGCCCCCAAUUCCUGGCCCAGCUAACAACCCAAACCCCAUGGCAUGUCUGUUCCAGAAUUUCCAGGUGAGAAUGCAGGAAGACGCUGCUGUCCUCAACAAAAGAAUGAUCACUCAAAUGGGAAUGGCACCAGUUCCUGAGAGCUCCAACGCUGCGCUUCCAGCUUUCCAAGAACCAUCUUGUGAUUUGCAGCCAAGAACUGAACCAUCUCUUGGACAACAGGCAAAGGAUAACCUCACUGUUGCUGCUCAGGGUGACACAUCGGUGGACGCUAUCUACAAAGCGGUUGUAGAUGCUGCAAGCAAAGGGAUGCAAGUAGUCAUCACCACUGCUGUUAGCAGUACCACACAAAUGAGUCCCAUUCCAGCUUUGAGUGCCAUGAGUGCCUUCACAGCCUCAAUUGGUGACCCAUUAAAUCUUUCUAGUGCUGUCAGUGCAGUAAUCCAUGGAAGAAACGUUGGGGUUUCUGAUCACGAAGGUAGGAUAAGGAACACCAGAGGAACGCGGAUACUGAAGAACUCAGAGCACGGUAAAAACUCAAGUGAAGGGGAUGGGUAUGAAUAUUACAAAUCAACAAGUUGUAACACGCCCAAAAAACAGUGGGAAGGGGAGCAAAGUCCUGUCAGUGAGAUAAAUAGGUGGAAAUGUGAUGAGUUUCUAGACCACUCUGCCCAUAUCCAUAGUAGUCCUUGUCACGAAAGGCCCAACAACAUCUCCACACUGCCACUGUUGCAAGGCGAGCAGCAUCAGAUACUGUUGUCACAGCGAAACUGUCAGAGUGACAAAAUGUUGGAGGAGAAUUUCAGGUAUAACAAUUACAAAAGAACUAUGAUGAGUUUUAAGGAGAGGCUGGAGAACACUGUGGAACGAUGUGCACACAUCAACGGAAACAGGCCUCAGCAGAACAGAGGGUUUGGGGAGUUGCUGAACACUUCUAAACAAGACCUGGUUCUGGAAGAGCAAUCUCCAAGUUCCUCAAAUAGCUUGGAAAGUUCUUUAGUUAAAGACUAUAUCCAUUACAAUGGAGAUUUUAAUGCCAAAAGCAUUAAUGGGUGUGUGCCUAGCCCUUCAGAUGCUAAAAGCAUCAGUAGUGAAGAUGACCUAAGGAACCCAGACUCCCCUUCAAAUGAGCUGAUUCAUUACAGGCCGAGGACGUUUAAUGUUGGCGACUUGGUCUGGGGCCAAAUCAAAGGACUGACUUCAUGGCCUGGCAAGCUAGUAAGAGAAGAAGAAGUUCACAAUUCAUGUCAACAAAACGCUGAGGAGGGGAAGGUGGAGCCAGAGAAGUUGAAGACACUAACAGAAGGUCUAGAAGCUUACAACCGAGCCAGGAAAAGGAACAGAAAAAGUGGAAAGCUAAAUAACCAUUUAGAAGCUGCUAUACACGAGGCCAUGAGUGAACUAGACAAAAUGUCUGGGAAUGUCCACCAAAUCCCACAGGGAGACAGACAAGUGAAGCCUCCAAAACCCAAGAGGAGGAAGAUCUCUAGAUAACAUUGAAUGUUUUUGUUACUGGUCCAGUACUUAUCAAAAUGAACGUGCACAUAAGUCUAUAUGUAGGUAUUGAUAAAUUUAUAUCAAUAUUUAUAUGGAGACAGACAGAAACCAUCACAGGGUGCUACGUGGAUCCGUGGUACAAUAUUUUUUGAUGAUUAGGAGGGGCAGUGGUUGCUGGAUAAGCCAAUCAGAAAUCUUGAAAGGUUGCAGUAACAAUGUCAGAUGAUUACUGAGAUUUUUUUUUUUUCUAUAAUACUAAAAUUGUGAUUAUAAGAAAUAGUCCCAAAUGUUUCUGAGAAAUUUUCCUUGUGUAUAUAGAUAAUACAGAAUUUCAUGGUGAUAUCUGAAAUGUAAAUAUUGUACAAUAUUGUCAUGUACAAGCGUACCUAAUGCACACUUUAUCUUUUAUUGUACAAAAAAAAAAGUGUACAAAAUUCUUUGGUUUCUAUUGAGUACACAUACAAGAGACUACCAGUGUAAAGUGAUAAAUAAAAAUACAGCCUAAAUGCUUUUA